GGCUUCUGAAAACGCCAGUCAAGACAUAUGAGUGCAGCAGGUUUGGUCACAAUGGGAGGACCGAGGAGAGGAGCUCGCGACCAGCACGGUGAUUAACUCCCCCCCCCCAAAAAAAAAGAUGAUUUAUCGCAACAGUAGAGCUGCUAAGUCACGGUAACGGAGAACCAGGAGCUGCUGCUGCAAGAUAACCAACCUCCAGGUAGCUGUCCUUAACUUACUACCUCUUCCAGUGUUUCCUUCCGAGUCCGCGAUGCCGAUCGACAUGGCGUUACCUCGGUACCUGUCCAAAGAGGAGUUCAUCUACCAGACGUCUACUAAAACAUGCCAACCGUCUCUCAACUCCUGCCUGAGUUUCGAACCUUCGCCCGUUAUGGACCAGACGGAGCCUGAGGACGCGCCGUCCUCCAGGGAAGACUCCAGGAAGACCAAGAACAGCCCUGCCAAGAAGCAGGUGACGUUCGCCGACCACCGCGGCCUGUCUCUGACCAGAGUCAAGCUCUUCUCUCAGUUCGACGAUCCCAUCGACAUUCCUCUGAACGUCCAGUCGAUGCUCUGCUCCGCUGUGUCCCUGGCAGCCCAACAGGACAACAAACUGGCGCUGGACUUCGCUCAGCCGUCCUCCGACUACCUGCUCUUCCGCCAGCGCCUGGAGGCGGACUACGUGUGCCUGGAGCAGUGCGUGCUGAGGGAGAAGGUGCUGGCGGGGACCGUCAAAGUCCGAAACAUUUCCUUCGAGAAGAGCGUGAAGCUGCGCUUGACGUCCGACGGCUGGCAGAGCCACGCCGACGUGGACUGCGAGUACAUGAAGGACGCAUAUCCCAGCAUGCACAGCGACACCUUUUCCUUCAGCGUAGCUGUGCCCGAGCGGCUGGCACCGUGGCAGCGCAUGGAGUUCGCCGUCUGUUACACGGUGGCGGGGCGGGAGUACUGGGACAGCAACCAGGGGGGCAACUACUGCAUCGUCUGGGCCUCGGCCAAGACCAGCCGGCGCCCAGACGCCGCGGACUUUGGAAUUCAUUUGGAGCGGUACGGCAGCCCCACCUGCUCACACGGGCUCUUCCCUGAUUGGCCGAGUUACGCGGGAUACGAGAACACCGGCCCCUACUACUGAACAUGGAGCAGGGUGUGCAGCUCGAUGGUGUUUUAAGCCCCCAACGUCGCCUUCCAGGCAGCUAACCUUAACCCUAAACAUAACCAUUGCCGCGCUGCCUGGAAGGCGACGUUGGGGGCUUAAAACACCAAACACAGGGUGUACGCUGGCACGUUAAGUCUCAAAACAGCGUUCGCCGUGUUGCUACGGUUUCCGGGUUGAGGGGCAUGUUUCCUCUGAACAUUGUGAAAACGGUGUCUGUAAACUGGAUUUGCACACACAGCAGGUUGUCCAACGCACCUGCGUGUCAGUUCAAACAAACGUUUCGUCAGGGCUGAACGCGCCCCAAAUGUUGUCCGGACAGAUCACGCACCUGCAGACUCGACAACUUUUAGUAAAGCUGCUCUGGAUGCAAAAAGAUCUGGACGAAAGCUGCACGAAUCACGGAGAUCUGGACGUUGUUUGAUCACGCAAAUGAUUUCCUAGACAGCUGAAUGUUCAACUGCAACCAACCACUACCUACAUUGUCGAUUACAGCUGCAAAGAUGAAUGGAUUAGUUGUAUCAAUUCUUAAAUUAAUCUCCAAGUGCUCUGAUAAUCCAUUAAUCAGUUUGAGUCAUUGUUUAUGUGAUGUCAGCUUGUUAAAUGUGAAUAUGUUGUAGUUUCUUCUCUCUUCUGGGACAGACAUUUGAGGACGUCAUCUCUGGCUUUUUGGGAAAUACUGAUCCACAUGUUUCCAGACCCAAUAAGUAAUCCAUCCAUCCAGAACAUAAUCCACUUAUUAAUCAAUCUGUGUUUCCCAAAGACCAGGAUGGCGUCCUUGUUGUUGCAGAUGAAGUUUUACUCGCACGGCACAGACACACACACACACACACACACACACACACACACACACACACACACGCAGACACACACGCAGACACACACCCACCGUUACAACAGAUUCUGCAGCAAGUGAAGUAGUUUUAACACAUUUUCAGCAUGGAGAAAUCAGUCGGCGUGAAACUAAAAUGGAUGAAAUGUUCCUAAAUGUUCCUAAAUCUUUUUACUUGCGAACGUGUUGGUUGUGUUUGCAUGGCCUCAGAGAUGUGUUCAUGUUGGUCAGUGAAACCGUUUGUAAUUUAACAUUCUGCAUUUAUUUUUAAAGUUGUGUUUGUGUCAGUUUUUAGGAAUUCUGGGCAAUAAAGUCACACGUUUUAGCCUCUUGUUGCACGUUUUUAAAUGUUUAAAUAUGAUGUGUGAAACCUUUAAUCUGCAGGGAUAAAAAAAGAACAAUAAAACUUAAUAUUUUUUGAAU